ACCAGUUUUGGAUUAUGCGGCUAGCAAGCUGCUUAGCCAGCUAAUGCUUCAUGCACGUAUUGCGUAGAAAAUUUCAUUCAAAGACUACAGUUGAGACCGGAAGAAUCUCGCCUGGAUUUUCUCACUUUACAGGAAUAUGAGACGAAAAAAUCAUAAGGAGUCGGCUCAGAUGUUUUACGAAUCUCUUUAACGCUGUUCAGAGAUCGGAAAUCAACGACCCAGAGGAGAAAUCAAGCUGUCAAGAUGAUGCGCUUUUUUUCUGGGAGAUUCUCCCGUCGAUUUCGUCGGCAGGACCGCGCCGGAGCUAGGGGCCGGGGCACGGAGGUCCAUGUCCCGGCAGCCAAACACAAACACGUCUUCGUCUGCAAAGUUCUGUUUUUGGACGGUACAGACAAGGUUUAUGAAGUAAAAAAAAAUGCCAAGGCUGAAGAGUUGUACAACCAGGUUUUCUACACUCUGGAUGUAGUGGAAAAAGAUUACUUUGGUUUGAGUUUCCCAGACAGUCAAAACAUCUUGAAUUGGCUAGAUCCGACCAAGACAUUGAAGAAACAAUUCAAACAUGGUCUACCAUCUCUGCUGAAAUUCCAAGUCAAGUUCUAUUCCUCCGAGCCCAACAAUCUUCACGAAGAACUUACAAGAUAUUUAUUUUUUCUGCAACUGAAGCAGGACAUUCAUACAGGGAAGUUAGAGCCUCCAGUUACGACAGCUGUUGAAUUGGCAGCGCUGAGCCUACAGUCUGAGCUUGGUGACUAUGACCCUACAGAACACACCCCAGAAUUGGUGUCCGAGUUCAGAUUUGUCCCCUUCCAAUCUGAAGACAUGGAGGUGGAAAUAGUGGACAAGUUUAAAGAAAUGAAGGGCCAGACACCAGCACAGGCGGAGCUGAACUACCUGAACAAGGCCAAAUGGCUGGAGAUGUAUGGUGUGGAUAUGCAUCAUGUCAUGGGCAAGGAUGGUAAUUCCUACUCACUGGGACUGACACCGACCGGCAUCCUGGUCUUCGAAGGCAAUCAGAAGAUUGGUCUCUUCUUCUGGCCGAAGGUGACAAAGUUGGACUUCAAGGGGAAGAAACUCCACCUAGCAGUGAAUGAGGAUGAUGACAGGGGCAAUGAACAGCAACACAACUUUGUAUUCCGUCUGAGCUCCAACAGAUCCUGUAAGCAUCUAUGGAAAUGUGCGGUGGAACACCAUGCCUUCUUCAGACUACGAGGCCCCGUCAAACACCGGGAUGAGAAGCAAGGGUUCAUACGCAUGGGGUCAAGGUUCAGAUACAGUGGUAGGACAGAAUUCCAGUCAGCAAAGACAAAUCGAUCACGACGGUCUAUGAUGAUUGAAAGAAGACCAAGUCAAAGAUUUUCUCGACGUCCGUCUUACGCCCAAAAGAGAGCUGCCCAUCUACAAGAGAGUGCAGCACAUGCAGCUGCCCAUGCUGCUGCCAAUCAGAUGGCAGGGUUGGAUAUAAGUAAUGCCAGAACUCUGCCAAGUCAUGCCUCUACGGCCAUGCCCCAAAGCAUGACAGUCAGUGCCGAUGUUACACCUAUCAUCCCUCCAACCACACCCAACUCCACGGCCAAUGCGUCCAGCCCUGGCCUGCUGUCCGAUUCCAUGAACUUGGUGGAGACAAACAUUGACACGGGAGCCACCGCCGAGAUAGUGCCGCUCUCGGCUCGACAGGAUGUGACAGGUGGCACUGUGGUGACGGAUGACGAUGACAUGGUUGACCCUAUGUCACCUGGACUGAGUGAGUCGGAGCUAGUCCAAGCCAAGCUUAAAGGCCUAGAGAAGGAGCCUUGUUCCAUCCAGCCCAACCCUCGUACCAGACCACAGACCCAGCCUACACCGGCCGCCGCCACUGCCGCUGCCUCCUUGAACUCCAACUUCCUGAAGCAGAACAAUCAGCAGACCUCCAAGAUGCUGGUGGGCGGACAGCUGACUGCCGAUCAGAUUAAGAUCAACCCCCUCAAGGCGGCGCUGGACGAGCGUAACCAGACACCGGUGGGCACAACUGACAAGAUAUCGGACCUGAAGUACAAACUCUUACAACCGGAAUCUGCCAAAAACCUGUUGAAAGUGGAGAUGGAUGAUGGGGCUUUCCGACGCCACAACUCGCUGCCCCCUCACAACCGAGUGGAUCCCCCACCAAGACCGGCAAGCAAAAGUUUCUCCAGCAUGCAAAAUGUGAAAAAACAGCCAGUGUUUAGUGGUGUACACAGUGAGAAGGAAGGCUUGGUAGUCAAUCUGAGUAGGUCCCCUGAGCUGGGCCACUUAGAUGACCCCAUGGAUGACCCCAUGACGGACCCCCUAACACCCCCUCCGGUCAAGUCAGCCGAGCCGGCAGCCAGAACCAAUCAGCUCCUGGUCAAUGGUGAUGGCAGGUUACGCAGCAUAAGCAACCCGGAUAUGCAGCAGAAUGGCGUCAGCCCUAACAUGCUCCAGCCAUUGCAAGAAGACGAAGCCACCACCACCCUCACUGCCGCCAAGAACAAGACGGACGAACAGAAAAUCAAUAACAUAGUGGCCGCAGCAGCCUUGGAGAGCAGCCAAGCUGGCAGCAAGCCGCAAACAGAGGGCGCUGCCGUGUUCUCCCUGGUGGGUCAGCAGUCCCCCGGGGGAGCCACAUUCUCUGUUGUCGGCUCAACUGCCAGUGAGGGCGCUCUUCAGGCUGCCAAGAGUACACCCCCACCAACCAUGUCCAAGAAUGUAGAAAUAAGCAUGGCCACUACCACACAAACUGCUUCAACACCACCCUCCCUUGCAAAUAGUGGGAGAGUUUCAUCGGUUGCCAGCAGCACCUCUGCAACCAGUAAACUAGAAGCGUUAGAAUCAUCUCCAAAGCAGAGCACCUCAGCCAGCAACCUACGGAAGAUUUCCAGUCUUCGUCAGAAGCAGCAGCCGGUGGUCAAUGGUGUGACUAGCAACACCACUACGGCAGCGCCUGCAGCCAGCUUGGGCUUGGGAAGUCAGGCCACUGCAGGCUUGACAGCUGACCCAUUCCAAGAUCUCAACAUGUCCGCCUCAGGAGGCUCUGGCAAGAGAUGCACCCUAACCACAGAGCUGUGAUUCCAUUACCAGUUCCAGACAAAGUACCCUUUUUUCCUCGCAAAAUACCUUUACCAUCUCUGCUUCUUUUCCUUGUCUUGAGUACAUAAAUUGCUGAAACCAUGAGGCUUAUCUGUCAGGCUCUAAUAGCCCCCCCCCCAACUUUCAUGUCUUACCUUCAAUUCUGAUGUUGUACCCAAAUCUCCCCAAAACAGUAGCACAUUCUGCGCUUUUUUCACGGCUAGCUGACUGAAUUAACGUGUUUAUUGUCAAUCCUUUGUGGGGUCAAGGACUAGUUUGAUAAUUCAGCAAAGUAGAAGGAAAACUAACAGCAAAGACAGCCAGUUUUUACAGAGUUGGUAGAGUAGAUUCGUGUAACUAAUUCCCUGAAAUGGGUGUGAAAUUUCAGCUUUAAAAUAAUAAAUGAUACUUUAAUAGCAAAGUUUAAAAAAAAAAUUGGCUUUAACAUUAGCGUGUUUAGCAAUUAACUUACUGGUGAAUUUUGCUUAACCUUAACAGUCCUCAAGCUUUUGAUUUUACUCUAAUUUCAUACACUCUGCGUUGGUCGGUAGUAAUUUUUUUGCCUCUAGUAUUUGACAUGUCAACUACUGACCAGUUUUCCUUGACUGAAUAUCACUUGAUUUUAGCCCCCUGGUUGGGUUUUUUGGUUCUGCACACAGGACUCCUGCAUUGCUUCAAUUUGUUGCCAGAAAUUCGAUAAUUUGAAUGAACUAUUUGGAAUUAUCAUGCUCACAAGUAAGCUUUCCUCUAAUUGAUUCAAUGACAUUUUGUACAUACUUUAAUUUCCCUGUAUUCACUGUUUAAAUAAAGGUGUAAAUCAUUAAUUGAUAUAAAAAUUAGUCUAAAUAAUGUACCUUCUUAUUCUUAAUACAUCCUCUUUAUUGAAGAGAUUGGAGUUACACACAGUACGUUGGUAAUCAAGAAUAUGGGGCAGGGCCGACAUCCUGGAGUUUCACAAAAUUGCGGGGUAGCAACCACAUCACGCCGAUGAAAACAACUGCAACGAGUGAGCGUGUACGUACAGAUCAAAGGAAAGAUUCCCGACCCUCAGAUUGGCUGGUGUGUGCGUAGGCCGCUAUGGUUGCUGUUUUCAUCAGCACGGUACCUGCCAUUUUGUGAGAAUCCCGGAUGUCCACGCUACCCCAUACAAAACAUAAAACUGUUAUUUUUACUAUUGCAGUACAUGUCAUGUCAUGAACUUCUGGUGUUACCCAAAUUCCUGUUUGUUCUCGGUUUGGGUAUUUAAUAAUAGAUUUCCCUUUUUAAGUUUGUAGCAGUAUUCUUCUAGGAGUGUUUAGUGUGUUUUGUUCAGUUGUUUUUCUUUCUUAUUUCUUUCCCAGGAUUUUAUUAUUUUAGUUGAUUUUUCCUCUGUCUUCGUACUAUUAAUUACCAUCUCUGUAAUCAACACCACUUUUGUAUAAUGUAAAUGUGUAAAUAAGAUUUCAAUGUCGGCUUUUGGCCAUAUGGCUUGAUUAUUGCCCAGGAAAUUCUUAUAUUUCGAAGGUUUAGGGUUAGUUUUUUUUUUAAUUUUGGAAGACAAACAGAUUUGUUCUCUACUGAUUUAAUCCCUGCUGAUUCAAAUUUGAAUCAAUUUCACAAAAUGUUUCAAGUUUUUAAUCAUUUUUAACAUUUCACAAAUCUUUCCUUGCUUGGAACUUGCUAGGAAUUACUCUCCUUGAUAUCUACUAUUCACUUGGGACUUAUCAACUCCUUCAAAAUCCUGAUGUUGAAUUUUUUUUCCUGUCAGUAAAGUAUUCAUUGCUAAACUUACCAAAAUAAUUUGCAGAAGUUCUUGAUAUUGGAAUGUCCUUACCCUCCCCGUAGGGAAAAUGGUAAAAAUAUUAAUCUCAGAAUGUAGGCAUUAAUUCAUUUUGUUUAUUGUUUAUGUACAAAUAUUUAUCGGGGAUGAUGUAUAUAGAUGUAUGUUUACAAAAAUGAACAAAUUAUUUCAUCAGAACACCAUUAAUCAGAAUAACCUGUAACUUAUUCCCAGUUAAAUACAUGUAGUUCACCCAAUUUUGUAACCCUUGUCAAUGAUGUCAUCAAUAUUUUUGGUUGGUAGUUUGUCAGUGCCAUCAAGAAAAACCCAGGGUAGAGCAUUUAGUUUAAAACACCUUAUGAUUUUCAAAGUGUAUCUUUGUCAGUGCCAUCAAGAAAAACCCAGGGUAGAGCAUUUAGUUUAAAACACCUUAUGAUUUUCAAAGUGUAUCUUUAAUCUGUAGAUGGUAAAUUUAAAUUGGCGGAAACAGCUCAGAGCAUCCAAUUUGCCAUUUGCCCAGCAUUCGAAAAAUGUGUUUGCACACUCUAAGUGUCUUCUCAUGUCAGGGGAGCAGGCUUCACCAGGUUUGCAAAGAAAUUUACUAUUUGUAAUCAUUUGUAUAUCUCUUUUUUGUCCUAACACUGUGAAUCAGAGAUAGCUGUAGGUUUGUAAAUUACUCCGGGCCAGGUUGGAUAAGUAUAAAUCGGAAAUUUUCUACAUUAAUCCUACAUCCACAGCACCUUUCUGAAGUGGGAUGUUUUCUAUGUAUAUUUUUAUAACUGUUUGUUAUUGGUGGUUAUUCUGGGCAGUGAUUGGCUUGAUGUGAAUCCCGACUCCUCUCUUUUCUCAUUAUCCCAAGUCCUCUUUUCAUCCUCUCCCGCUAACGCAACCCAUGGACGUCAUGAUCUGGGUAAACAAGUCAACAUUCAAGAAGUAGUCUCUCGAUAAGUAACCUUGCAUGGUCAGUCAUGACCUGUACCAAAGGUAAAGCACGCAUAGUGCACAAGCUAGUUCAUGACAUCAGCCAUCAGAAAAUAGAAAAGAUCAUUGAAUUGCCAUACAGAACCAAAGUAUGCUGAAUGUGUUGCCUUUGUGACAACUUGCCCCCUCGGUGUUGUUCAUGGUUACAUCUCAUCGUAGUAAACAGAGUCUGAAACAGACCAAAUAAAGCAACAGAAAGCACCUAAUUUUUUUCUUUCUGUUUAUUUUUGUUUUGUGCAAGUUCCAUUAAAAUAAGUUUUCAUUACAGAAUUCUGUAUGACUUGAUAUUGGAAAAAAAAGAAGAAAAUAUUUGGACUGUUAAUUUGUCCAAAAAACAUUUUCUUUAGUUGGUCCAAAAACAUUUUCCUCAGCCAGUGGAAAGGUUUGUCCUUAAGUUUUAGCAUUCUUGAGCAUUUUGAAGCUUUGUAGUCAAUUAUAAAUUAAUAUCCACCAGAAAUUUCUUUGACAAUGAGGGUUAGCCAUGCAGGGUUAAUUAAACGUUAGUCCAAAAAAACGGACUUAUAACAGCUUUGAA